AACAGUUCCCGAUUGAUGUGACCCCAGUGGGCAAACAUGACAUGGAGCGUGUGGCCCUUUUGAAUUCUUUGGGGAUACUUGAUAUGGACCCAUCCUCAGAGGAAGCCAAGACCAUUUUAGCUCUUGUCAACAUGGCUGGGCUUCUUUUGGGUGCAGACUAUAUCUUUGUCAACCUACUUGAUCAUUGCCAUCGACAUAUGAUGUUUCCAACUCUGUGUGCCAAAGAUAAUCAGCCCAAAGACCUGGGGAGGCUGGGGACACUAUUGGAUCAUCUUGAUAUAGUCAAGUUGAUGCCUGAUGGCAGCCCUUUUCUGGGGAGAGGCAACCGCUCCACAGCGUUCUGCAAUUAUGCUGUUGCCAGUCCCCAAGGGCAAUCAUUUGUGGUCCAUGAUGUGUCAAAAGACCAAAGCUUUGCACUCUACCAGAAGACCUUUGACCUUGGAUUCUGUAGUGCCUCUCCCAUUGUCAUUCAGGGCAUGGCUGUGGGGGCUUUGUGCUUUGUUUGUAAGGAGGCCAGGUCUGACUUUGGGAAGGCUCAGGAGAUCCAGCAAGAGCAGUUGGCACAGCUGAUUGCACAGCAAUUUGAAACUUGGUCUCUGAAUCGGGACAUGCAUCGUCUUGAAAGAGAAAGGAGCCUGCUCAUCAACAAUAGCCAGAGACUCCGAGCCAACCGUCCAGAAGACUAUGCGGCCUUGGUGUUCACUGAUGUACAAGGGUCCACUGAUCUGUGGGAAGCAAACCCAGAAGCCAUGAACAAAGCUCUGUCACUGCACAAUCAAAUUAUACGACAACACAUUGCUUCCUACUCUGGCUAUGAAGUAAGCAACGAAGGAGAUGCCUUCCAUGUCGCCUUUGUUGAUGUUGUGGAUGCUGUUCAGUUCUGUUUGAGAGUUCAAGAGGCACUGUAUCAUGCCCCUUGGGAUGAACACAUUCUUGCACUUCCUGAUGCCUCUGAGGAUGCAGUAGGUUGCUUCCGUGGGCUGAGGGUUCGAAUGGCCAUUCAUGCUGGAGAUGUUGUGCCGGUCACAAGCGACCUAUCAGGAAGAGUAGCAUAUGGAGGGGAAACUCACUACAUUGCAAAGAGCUUGGAAUGCAUGAGCCAUGGGGGGCAGAUUCUAGUAACUUCUGAUGUCUGGAACGUGGCCUCCCACUUGGCUGACAGCAGUCUUGGUUCACCACAGGUUGUUGAUCUUGGCAAUCAUGUAAUGCUUACUCACAGCAGCAAUAUGUAUGAUGGUAUCAUUGCCAAGAAUGUGCUGCAGCUUGUGCCAAGUUCCCUUGCUCAUGACUAUCUUCUGAGCCGCCGUGUCAGUCCUAUGCAUACAAACACAGACCAGGAGGCUGCCGCCCAGAGAGGGCGCACUUUCCCACCUGUCAUGACCAAGAAAUGCCUGAGUGCAUCAUUCCAUGAUGCUCCCUUUGCCAACAAUACUGUUGCCAUGCUGUUUGUCUACACUGCCGAGGCAGAGAAAUUGGUUGCAGACCCAACUGUGUUGCUAGCAGCCCUCUCAAAGCAAAUUGGCACUCUCCUUCAUGAGUUUCAAGUCCUGCAGAAGGGCUACCAAUGCAAGGAUUUCAUGCUUGCCUUUGGGGAUGUUGCGGAUGCUCUUCGAUUUGGAUUGGCCAUUCAGCAGUACCUGGAGAAUCAUACUAUUCUGGAGUUGUCCCUUGCUGGUCUUGUGAAGGUGGGAGUCUGUGAAGGUGAAUUCACAUCCAUGGGUCCUCACCCCACCACAGGACGAGCAGACUAUUUUGGGAAAGUGGUCAACAGGGCCUCUCGUGUUGCGGCCGCAGCUGCCCCUGGAUGCGUUUACUUGGGGAAAGAGGCUGCUGAUCUUGAUGAAUGCAACUUGAUGCCACUUUCCAAUGGUUACAUGCUUGACUUUCUGGGUGUGUGGUCAUUGAAGGGUGUUCCAGAGGAUUUUGCACUGUACAAAUGCCAUGGUUGCAAUAGUUGGUAUGAUCAGUUGCCCAACAAGCCUUGCGGGCCACAAGGCCCAAGAAGGUUGUUGCCAAGGUUCCAGGGAUGAGACUGUUGUUGUUGUUGCAUCAGCUCGGAUAAGAUUGCAUCCAUCUUUGCAACGAUGAACAAACUUUAAAAAGACAAAGUUCUCUUUUAACUUUAGUACAAGCAGGUUAGGUUU